AUGACAAUGCUGCUGCCCGAAACAGCAAAUAAGGAGUCCAACACCGCGUCAAACUCAUCAAUCGAGCGGACCGACGACACCCGGAGUUAUCAUGGCGAAGCUAACGAUGCUCACGAUGCCCAGACGGUGGUAUCACACAUGUCGGUGUUGGAACGAGUACAAACCCAGCUUGGGUUCUUCAACCCGCGAAUGAAACAGGUGAGAAGACGCAUUGUCGUCAAGUUCACGCUGAUAUACUUGACGAUGGGGAUCUUGAUGUUAGGGAUCUUUUCGAUAUACUGGGGGUCAAUGAUGCACCGAGACGACCACAUGAAAUACCUUAAGUUCUUGGUGGCGGUGGAAGAUGUCGAAACCAUCGACGGCGUGCCUCCCAUUUUUGGUAACCGAGUAAUUGACGUGGUGACGCUGCCAGAAGCUCGCUAUUAUGGUGAUUGGCAGGUUUAUACCCCACUGAAUUUCAGUGAGAUUCGCCCGAAGCACUCCACCGGCGACACCCAGGCGGACGUGGAGGAAUUGGUUCACAUGCAAAGGUAUUGGGGAGGCCUCUACAUUAAGCAGAACUCCACCCACCGGUUAUAUGAGGCGUUGUUGAAUGCGAAUACUUCCUACGCAGCCGGUAACGAAUCGUGGCGAUUCGUCUACGAAACGGGGCGUGACGUUGAAAAUGUCCCCACGUACAUCGUGCCCAAUAGUCAAAUCAUCGAAGGAAUGGUUUUGGCCCAUCAAAAUGAUAUGAACAGUCAAUUGAUCGAUAUCAUUCGCCAAAAGGGGAAAAACUCAGCAGAGAUUUUGGACAAAGGGUUGCUGGUACUCUCUCAACCACUCGAUUUCGAGUCAUACGACAUGAGACCGUCGACGCAGCCAGUGGUGAUGGCGCCGGCGCAGGUGGGGUUGGUCUAUUUGAUCAUCGUGACGUUCUUCCAGUUCGGCUUUUUCAUCGACUUCCACAAAACAGUGGCGGGCUACCCGAUGAAGAAGCCUCAUUAUUUGCUCUACCGUCUUCUUGGGUCGUUCCUCACCUACUUCUGGCUAUCGCUCAUAUACUCGUUGGUUUCUUUGGCAUUUCAGAUCGACUUCACCAAGGCUUUCGGGCGUGGUGGCUUCCCAGUAUACUGGAUGACGAUGUGGCUCACCAUGUGUGCUCUUGGAGGUAUGAACGAAAUCAUGGCCCACGUUCUCAUAAUGGUGUUCCCGCCUAGUCUUGGGUUCUGGUUGAUCUUUUGGGUCAUUGCUAAUGUGUCGUGCACAUUCACGCCAAUGACUCUCACUGCCAACUUCUACCGCUACGGGUACGCCUUGCCCGUCUAUAAUGCCAAUGAGAUCAUCAAGGUGGUCUUUUUCGACACCUAUAAAGGCCAUAUGGGCCGCAACUACGGGAUUCUCGUGGCGUGGGUGGUGGCGACGAACCUCAUGUUGGCAGUGGUGCUCCCCAUAUUCGGCAAAGUGAUGGGUAAAAAGGGUGCCAAGUUGAGACAACAGGCCGAGAAAGAAGCAGCAAGACAGAAGUCGGUGUAG